AUGAAUAGUGUUCCUCAUGACAGCAUCUCCAUGUUCUUAAGAACUUUAAGCAGAGUAAAUGUUGUUACCCUAGUUUUGACUGUUUCCUCCACAGUGUCUCCUCUAAAUGUCGUGCUGCUGGGGAAAACUGGUUCUGGAAAGAGUGCCUCAGCAAACACCAUCCUGGGGAGGAAAGAUGCUUUUAAAGAGGAGUUCUCAUCUGAAUCUGUGACUGCAAUGUGCAGUAAUCAACAUACUGUAGUGAAUGGUAGAGAAAUUACACUGAUUGAUACACCAGGAUUGUUUGGUACAGAACAGUAUACAGAAGAGCUGAAGGGUGAGCUGGAGAAGUGUGUUGAGAUGUCUCUCCCUGGGCCUCAUGCCUUCCUGCUGGUGAUCAGGCUGGGGAGGUUCACAGAGGAGGAGAGGAAUGCUGUGAAGUGGAUCCAGGAGAACUUUGGUGAGGGGGCGCUGAAGUACACUAUAGUGCUCUUCACUCAUGGAGAUCAGCUGAAGGGUAUACCAGUGGAGGAUUUUCUGCGCAAAGGUUCUGCUCUCUCAUUUCUUACUGAACAUGUUGGGGGUAGAUAUCAUGUCUUCAACAAUGAGAGUAAAGACAGAACUCAGGUCAGAGAGCUAAAGGAGAAAAUUGAGGCCAUGGUGGAGGAGAAUGGGGGAGCAAACUACACCAAUGAGAUGUACAAGGAGGUGCAGAGAAAAAUAAGAGAAAAGGAGGAGAGAAGGAAGGCAGAGGAAGAGAGAAAGAAAAAACAAGCAGAGAAGGAGUUAGAAGAUGAGAGGAGGAAGGCAAAGGAAGAAAAGAGGCAGAGAUUGGAAGCAGAGGUGGUGGCUGCGGAAGAAAUGAGGAAGACAUUCGAAGCAGAGGUGGUGGCGGCGGAAGAAAAGGGGAAGAAUUUCAAAACACAGGAGACUGCCGCGGAAGAAAUGAGGCAGAGAUUCAAAGAAGAGGAGGAAAAAGCUCGAAGAUUUAAUAGGGUUGCAAUAGGACUAGCAACUGCAGGAACACUAGUAGUAUUAGAUGUGAGGUACACAGAGGAGGAGAGGAAUGUUGUGAAGUGGAUCCAGGAGAACUUUGGUGAGGGGGCGCAGAAGUACACUAUAGUGCUCCUCACUCAUGGGGAUGUGCUGAAGGGAAAACCAUUGGAGGAUUUUCUGCGCAAAGGCUCUGCUCUGUCAGCUUUCAUUGAACAUUUUGGGGGUAGAUAUCACGUCUUCAACAAUAAGAGUAAUGACAGCACUCAGGUCAGAGAGCUAAAGGAGAAAAUUGAGGCCAUGGUGAAGGAGAAUGGGGGAGCAAACUACACAAAUGAGAUAAGGUUUGUGGAAGGCGCCAUUGAAGGUCACUGA